AUGAAUAAUUUAUUAGCAAAAAUUAGAAAAGGUUUUGAUUUAAAACGUUCUGUAGCAACAAAAUUUUCACCUAGUUAUACUAAAUUAUUAUUUAAUAAUUUAUUAUCAGCAAAUAUUGGAAUUGAUUCAAUAAAUGGAACAUUUGCUAGAAUUCGUUGUGGUUCAUUAGAUUCUAUUGAUAAAGGAUAUCAAUAUAGUUAA